AUGCGAUUCGCCGAAGCUUUCCCAAGUAUUCCACCAGAUCGCUUCGAUUUGUUGAUCUGAAGUUCUAAACCCCAAAAGGCGAAAUCUUUGGACUUCUCCGAUCCAAAUUUGGUGGAAAUGAGCUUUCCUUUUUGGCAAGCGGAAAUCCCCCGCAGAGCUAUUGCGGGAGAAUAAGCGAAUGUUGGAUCGAUCAAUAAGGGAUAUAGAGAGGGAGAGGCAGGGUCUUCAAACACAGGAGAAGAAGCUCAUUGCGGAGAUUAAGAAAACAGCCAAGCAAGGCCAAAUGGGAGCUGUAAAAGUUAUGGCCAAAGACUUGAUUCGUACGAGGCAUCAGAUCACCAAGUUUUAUGCUCUCAAAUCACAACUGCAAGGUGUAUCUCUCCGAAUUCAGACACUGAAAUCAACUCAAGCAAUGGGCGAGGCCAUGAAAGGUGUCACCAAGGCAAUGGGACAAAUGAACAGGCAGAUGAACCUCCCUGCACUGCAGAAGAUCAUGCAAGAGUUUGAGCGGCAAAACGAAAAGAUGGAGAUGGUCAGUGAAGUGAUGGGAGAUGCCAUAGAUGACGCAUUGGAAGGAGAUGAAGAAGAAGAAGAAACUGAAGAACUUGUGAACCAAGUCCUUGAUGAAAUCGGGAUCGAUAUUAACUCAGAGCUCGUUAAGGCGCCUUCAACUGCAGUGGCGACAGCUGAAUCUACUAGCAAGGUUCCUCAAGCAGAAGCAACCGGGACCAGUGACAGUGGAAUCGAUGAUGAUUUACAGGCGAGAUUAGACAAUCUGAGAAAAAUGUAAAACUUGACAAUGAACAUAUGAUUAAAAAACAUAUUCAAACUCUUUUACUACUUCCCAUUGUACUGAAACUAAUCUUUAUGGUUUGAUAGAAUAAAAUGAUGCUUGUUCUUGUUUUUGUAUAA